AACAGGAAGAGCCGUGCGUUCCACUACGGGUAUUCCUGAAUAAUUGGGUCUGAAGAACUGUGAAGUUUGUUUGUGAAAAUAUCGGUUUAUUCGGAUUAUUUAUGUUUAUUUCGCACAGAUUAGCGCCGUACAUAGAAUCCUCACUGAAGAUUUUCCAUGGCAACUACUGACCAUUCCGAUUCUUUUGUUGGGAUCUCUUCUUCUGGAAAAGCUCUGUCUCAGAGAGUGGUGAAACAUGCCCUUGCAAUCAUACAUCUUUUGACCACUGAGGGUAAUGCACUGGUACCUGCGGAAAAUGGGCUUUGUCUGUCUCUUGACAAGAGAACUGAUGGAAAGAGGCUGGCAAUGGGACGAAUCAUGAAGCUGGUACUAGGGAUCAUUCACCUUAUGAAUGAGAGUCCAUUGCAGUUUGAUGACGUUGUUAACUUUUCGGAAGAAGAAUGGGGGUGUCUAGAAAGAGAACAAAGAGAUCUCUAUACUGAAUUAAUGACCGAGAAUGACCAGACCCUGCAGUCUCUUGCAACGUUUCCAGUGAAAACAGAGGUUGCGCCAAGGAUUAUAGAGCAAAACGUUGACCAGGGAGAUCAGCGCACUUCUGACAAUGCAGCCUUUCCAGACAUGGGGAUCGAUCCCUGCUUCACAGCUAACUCCAAGAUCAAUUCCUUCACAGAUCUCUCCCAAACUACCUUCCUCAAUGUCUCUAAGGAUCUCCCCCAUGAUAUGUAUGUAAAUAACACAGCCAGCGCUAAUCCUUUCACAAAUCACCCUGAGAUUUGCCCAGCAUCCUCCCUUCCCACCUUCCCAGAAAGCUUCCCAGAUUCGUGUAAGGAUUCCUACCUGGGUAUCUACCCUGGGACCUUCUCUGAGAGUGGCACGGUUACCUGUCCUGACACCUUGCUAAAUGGCUUCCAAGCUGCUUACUCCACCCCCUCAACAGAGCCCUUCCCAGGUAAAUUUCCCAAUAUUCAAAUUAAGCAAGAAGUUUUCCCUGUUGAUAUCCAGCCCCAAAACUACUCCACGGGAGCCACGGAAACUGCUACAAAUGUCCCAGUGGAGGUAACUAUACAGAACCUGGGGAAAAAAAAUGGAAAGUCUCUAAAAAAGUUCAACCCCUGCAGAAGUCUUUCACAUAUCAAAGAUAAAGUUAAAGAUGGCUCUGGAACCCAUUCUGUGAGUGAAGGAAGCAUCAAAACAGAGCAGCGAGUUAAAAUGGGGAAUUCUGCAGAGCCAAGCAAAGCAAAUUCACUAAAGUUUGAGAAUCGACCUCCGCACAGGAAGCACCCAAUGAAGAAACCCUUUGAGUGUUUGAGAUGCGAGAAGAGCUUUAACUGCAGAUCUCAUCUUGUUAUGCAUCAGAGAGUUCACACCAGAGAGAGGCCAUAUAUUUGUGCAGAGUGUGGGAAGACAUUCACUCAGAGUUCUAAUCUCUUUAGACAUCAAAGGGGUCACCGAGGCGAAAGACCAUAUGUGUGUACAGAAUGUGGUAAAACAUUUACCCAGAGCUCAUACCUCCUUAUCCAUCAGAGGACUCAUACUGGGGAGAGACCCUACGCCUGCAGUGAUUGUGGAAAAAGUUUUCGGGUAAAUUCGACUCUUGUGAGACAUCAAAGAGUCCACAUGGGUGAAAAACCAUACACUUGUGCAAAAUGUGGGAAAUGUUUCACCCAGAGCUCCUAUCUCCUCAUCCACCAGAGAACCCACACAGAAGAAAGACCCUUCACUUGCUCUCAAUGUGGAAAAGGAUUCAAAGUCAACUCCUCACUUCUUAGACAUCAAAGGCUUCACCUAGGAGAUAAGACCUACACAUGCACUCAAUGUGGCAAAGAGUUCACAGAGCUAGUCAGACUGGUCGCACAUCAAAAAAUUCACAGCUCGUCCAAAGAGGUGGCAGGAGGACUUGAUGAACUGAAUACUGAAGUGGGAAUAAUAUUGGGUUGGGAUCAGUGAGUCUGUGUGGUAGCCUUUCUUCACAAAGAAGAUAUGUAGGUGCUUACUGUUAGAUGCUAAAUCCCAGGCCUUUACUAGAAACAAACUAAAUGCAGCAAUCUGUUUAACUUUAACGCCUAUGGGAGAAAAUACAUUUUUGUUUGUGUGUCUUGUUUGAACUUACGGCUCGUUCAGAAACAACUGAUAAAAUUCCAA